CUCUUCGUCGCAUGCCACAAACCAGGUUCCAUACCUUGUAGUGCUCCGUACGUUCCUCCCCAUUCCACGGUGGAAACUCUCCGGCUGAAUUACAACUUCGCAGACAAAGUGAAUGUGACGUGUGAUGCCAGCGAUUCUACCUUCACCCUUCAGUGUCACAACAAAGGAUUAUGGAGCGGACCCGUUGUAUCCUGUCCACCGCCCGCUCUGCUCGAACCCCCCGCUGCAGUUGCUGCUGGCAAAGCCCAAUGCAGUGCCCCGGCGGUGCCUCGUGACUCAACCAUUCAGAAUCUUCGUCUCUCCUACAAAGACCGUGACAUGAUAAAUGUGACAUGUAACGAAGUAACUAACGGAGUUCCUGAAUGGUUCGAAUUGACAUGUGCCAAUGGAAUUUGGAACGGACAAAACAUAGUUUGCCCUGACCCCGUGAUAGAAUGCAGCCAACCAAUCCUACCAGCUGAUUCAUCGGUUAAAACGAUAAGGGCUCGAUACAAGAUUGGUGACAAUAUCAACAUCACAUGUAACAGUGCGUUGGGUUCGUUCGUUUGGAUAUGCAACAAGGAUGGUCUGUGGCGCGGAGCGGUCGCUUCGUGCCGAGUUUCACAACCACAUAAUGGUGGAGCUGCUUCAGGGAGAAUUGGAAAUAAAGAGCCCCAGGAGAAGCAAGAUGGACGAAAUGUCUUUAUCACAGGCCUUCUAGUAGCAGCAGUGAUAAUGUUCAUUCUAGUCCUGAUGUCCAUGGUAGCCUUCUCGAUCUCCGUUAAAGGACGGAGCUUUGGACCUUCGAAACAUUCCUUACAAGAUGAGAAAACUGACCGAGGACCACUCCCCGAGGUUCCCGCAGGGUACGCAGAUUACCUUGUAGGUGAUAAGUCACUCUACACUGCACCAUACUUGAAACCAGACGAGAUUCACCAUAGCUAUGAGACCUACGAGAAACCAAUCUAAGUCACCUGACUCUUCUUGUUAUACUAAAUUAACCAACAAGGAACCGAAAUUUUAAGUGCAAAUUUGUUUUAUUUACCAAUUAUUAAAAUUUUAGUUUUAUCGCAUGCUCUUGUUUGAAACAAAUACUCAGUUACCAUUUGGUCUCUAUUGCGUAAGGGGUGUUAUUCACAAAGUAAGGGUCAUGAAUGUGACAAGUAAUAUACAAAUAUAUUCGCGAUUUACAGUGCAAAAUGAAGUUUCUUACUCUUUAUUUCAUGCUACUGACACUAACUAAACUGAACCGUACUGAACUAUGGAACAGAUCUAUUCCUUUAAUUUGCCUUGCAAUAACGUGAGGUCAUGUUUUCCCCAUGGUUCUGUUAUUACGUCCAAUGUCCCUUGGCCUACUUGUCAAGCUUGUGUAAUGAUAAUAUACAAACCCCUCUACCCC